GCCUCAGGUGCCUACCGAUUGGGCGACUCUUCAGAACUUGGAGUAAGGUAGGGCAAGGUAGAAAGGCAGGAGAAAGCGGAUGACCUCGCCCUUUUCCUGCCUCUCCCUGCCUUGGGUACCACGCGGAAAGCACUCCUCAGUCCUCACCGCCUUCCGUCCUCUAUCCAUGUCCCAUCCGAGCUGGCUUCGUCUCCGCCCUUUCCAUCAUCAUGUCGCGGCUCUACCGGCCUCAGCCUUCAGCCCGCCCCUCUGCUCAACAAAUUUGCCUGGCAUCGGUCAGUCUAGCGUACUUUAUUCGCAGGCCAGCUUUUCGCCGCUACGGAUACGGACUACCACCCCGAACAACAACCCUGCCUCGAUCCCUUCGACCACCCAACCAACCACCUACGGCACUUUCGGCUUGUUUCGAAUCUAAUCUGCUGAUCGUGAGUUGUUCACGCCUUCGUAUUUCUUUGCUAAUGACCGACGCUGUCUGCCUUGGCCAGCUACAGGGGCCAAAUCCGACUGCCAAAGCUCACUCUACCAUUGUCCGUCCAUGUCGGACCCGGUGUUCGCCUUCCGCCUUUGCCUCCAACUACGCCCGCCGUCAACUUGACGACUGCGGGCUGAUCGAUAAUCAGGCCGCUCCCCGCUACUGCCGGACAGGAUCCACGGACGAGGUCAAUCAUCCUAUGGCGGUCUCUACGAGUGGCUGGCCAAAAGAAUAGCUUCCUUCGCCGAACACCCUCCCACCAGUUCCUCCAGAAGCCAUUCAUAGCCUUCUCAGUCACCUUCAGUUACCGGCGACCUCGAUUGCGCAGUGUGGCGUCCGAGACAGACGAUUGGCCUCUUUAAAGCUCACCGCUUUUCAGCAUUGAGCGCCCUAGCACCAAGCC